GAUAACGCACGUACGCGCGCUCUCAAAUUUCGGCGAAUUCACUCCCGUUAUUCGAAUUCGGAACGUAAUUUGAAUCGGAGUUGAUAAUGUUAUCAAGGAGCUUUGUGGCCAGUUAUAAAAACUGAUAAUUAAAAAUAUCGUUAUUAUUCGAGUAAAGUUUGAAAGUGUUGUGAUUAUUAUUUUAUUAUUCAGUGAUUUUAGUGUGGAUUUUUUAAAAUGUCGAGGCGUGAGUUCAUAGCGCUUUCAUCGUUGUUCCUACUGUUUUUCGGUGGUGUCACCAGCCUUCGCGACGUGAAGCUCCUGGUUAAGCCACCAGUGGUGAUAAGAAACGGCACAGCUGCAUUAAUCUGUUCCCGGGACAUGCAAGACGCGCCGCUGUACUCCGUCAAGUGGUACCGGGGCAACCACGAGUUCUACAGAUACACCCCGCUGGAGACCCCGCAGACCAGGGUGUUCGGGUUACCUGGGAUUUUUGUCGAUAUGAACAAUUCCACAGGCAGCCAGGUGGUGUUGAAGCAUAUGGACAUUAGUUUAGCAGGCAACUUCAGUUGUGAGGUCACCGCUGACACGUCGUUCGCGACGCAGAUCGCGACAAAGUUCGUUGACGUUGUGUGCCUCCCUGACUUCGGCCCUGUCCUGAAGGCUGACAAGGACCGGUACCAGCCUGGUGAGAUCCUCCGAGCCAACUGCAGCUCAUCUCCAGCCAAACCUGCUGCGAAUCUCACUAUCUAUGUCAAUGGAGAACCGCUAUACUCAUCAGAGACGAGCCUCCAUCCUUCAGAAUCGGGUCUGCUGUGGAGUCGCGUGCACGCUGACAUAAAGGUCGUACCAGACCUUUUCAUCAGCGGCAGACUGCGCGUAGAGUGUGUUGCUACAGUCUACGAUGUGUAUAAGAAGUCAGCUAAGCUGGACUUCUUCACACCUGAAGCUGAUCCCAGGCCUGAGAGAAUAACUCUAAACGGCAGUGCAGCCCGACGUGGUUCCUUCAAUCAGUGGAUUCUCCUAUUUCUGGUCUUCUUCUUGCCAAUGCUCGUGUCUGCUGAAGACUACCUCGACGAUGGAGCAGAUUAUUACGACGACAAAGCUGAAAUACGAAGAGCAGCUUUGACUCUUAUUCACCUUUGAAUAGCUUCUAAAAUAGCUUAAAUCUAGAAUUAAGAUUUUGUGAUUGAACUUGUAAAUGUUACGUUUUGUUUAUUUUAUUUUUUGUUGAAGAUCUUUGUUACAUUAGUUCGACAAAAUGGUGUGACUGAAAGUCUGUUGUGUAAAGGUAAUGGAAUGUUGAAUCGAGGUUUUUAAUUGCUCGUUGUGAUAAACAAAAUGAAUUGCGCCAUUAUGACGCAACGACAACCACACUACAAUGUGAUGGGUUCGCGGUGUCUCACUUCGAAUCGAUUCGAUGGUGAGAAGUGAAAUGCAAACCCGCACUAACCCCUCUGGCGUAGUAAGCGACAAAUCGUGUGACGAUUGUGGCGUACUAUUAUUAAUUUCGUUAUUAAAAUAAAAUCGAGCCUCAUUUUUAUUAACUAAUGAUUAUGUAAAUUACUGUGUAAAAAUAAGUAAUUUACGAACUAAUUUAGGUUUAAGUCCAAUUACAAAUGCUCUUACUUUUUGUUGUUAGGUGUUUUGGUAUCAUUGUCCUAAUCCCGCUUUACAAUAAGACCAUAUGCUUAUGUGGAUGUCGUGGUAGAUGACUAAGGGACAAAGCCUUAGCAUUCCCAGAGAAAGUUGAUGGUAAACAAUACAAGGAACUGGUCAGGUGGUUCUCAGCGCGGCCGUAGAGGUAAAAACACACUCUGGUAUGAGGUUUAUUUUAUACAGAAUAUAUAGUAAAACAUGCAUGUAUGAUGUACAAUACAAUUCAAUAUGCUAUUCUAAAUAAGCGUACCCUACAUAGAUCUUAACACCGCGGUAAUAAGAGUGAAUUUGCAAUGAAUUUGGUAGGUUAAUGUGGCUGCUGAUUGGUACACGCCUUAGUUUUAACGUAAGCUUUGCAACAACAAACCAAAAACUACUUAAGUAACGUACGUAGAAAUAUUUCACGCCACAAAAGAAGUCUUGCAAAUGCGGCGCUACUGUCACUGACGUGGUCCUUUUCGUUAUUGACUGUUCUACAUUACAUGCAGUAUUCUGCCGUAUCUCUCUGGCUAGAGAAGAUUUGCCUAUCAGCUGUUAAGGCUUUGUGCCCCUUAAUCGACUCGUACGACAUCCACGGGAGGACAUAUAGAGUGGUCUUAUUCUAGAGCGCAACCACACAUUUAGUUAAAACACUCAUCAACAAAAUUUUUUUACAUGUAUGGCCAACUGUAUAAAAGAAUGAAUAAGUACCUCAUGGCCAAGUUUCUUACGACAACGUUCACGGAAAAAUAGAAAAAGCAAAUUUUUUUUUUUUAAUUCAUGACCGUUUGGUUAGCUAUCGUAUCGCUCUGUGUUUGGAACGCGAUCUUGUAAGUGAGCUAAUCGAAGUGAUGGUGAAGUGAGUUAAGACGCUGACCGAAUAGUGGUCUUGGAUAGAGGAAAGAAGUGUUGAAAGGCCAGCCAAAAGGCAUCAAAGUCGUACAAUAUGGACUUGAUUAGAACAGGAUAGAGAAUGUUAGCAUAAAAUAUGAAAUACCCAUUGAUAUAAAAGUAUAUUAAAUCUGUGGAAAUACCUGUUCAACAAUGGACAGAAAAGGAUUGCGAUAUUUUUUGCACGUAGCUCCACUUAUAUAAAGGGUAACAUUUUACACUAAGCUAAUAUUCAUAGACGGCGUUAUGUUUGCAUAAAUGUCACUCUGACAGCAUGUCAUAUAAAUGUCAAUCUGACAGCUCGCCAUAUAAAUGUCACUCUGACAGCACGCCCGUACUUUUUUUUUGACACGCCAUAUCUAAAUCUAAAGUCUCGUCACGACGUUUUUAUUUUUUUUCCCAAAUAUAUACGAAGAAAUUAGGAGCCCAGACAAUAUGUUUUUUUAAAUUAAACUAUAAGCUUCCUGUUUUUUUAUAAUAUUACAGUAUAGUUGAUCGGUCUCCGAGGUCUGCAUGGUUGAGACAUCGGGAAUUUGCUCAGAUAAGCGACAUUACACAUACAUAUAGUACCUACAUAUGAAACUAAGUUGCUUCCUGCUAUCUGUCUGUCCCUAUUGUAUGCUCAGAUUUUUAAAACUACAAGUUUUUUAAUAGGUAAUGUGAUUCGUCAGGUAGGUUUGUGUCUAUAAAUUAUUAUGGUUUUACCCGAGCGAAGCCGGGACGGGCCGCUAGUAGUACAUAUAAAACAAAGUCGCUUCCCGCUGUCUGUAUGUAUAAUUUUUUAUGGUAAUACACGAGCGAAGUCGGGACGAGCUGUAAAUACUUUAACUACAUAUCUAAGUUUGUUUUAAAAAUUACAAAAAAAAAACCUUUUGCUCUACACUUUUAUUAAUUUGGAUGUCACGUUUUAAAAUCUCAUAAAGAUAAAAAUAAUCGUACCUGCUAAGUAUAGUUCAUAAACACCUUCAUUUUAAAUGUAAAACACGAAUAGUAUUUAUCUAGUUAGCAAUUACAAUUAUCCAAAGACUUUUGUUAUCAUCUUGUAAAUAAUA